AUGGCCCCCUCAGAUCUCAAGAAGCGUAUCGUAGUCUGUUGUGACGGCACUUGGAUGGACAGUGACGGCGACUACCAGACUCCCAGCAACGUCACUCGAAUCGCCCGCGCUAUUCCACCACUAGGCACUGACCAAAGCGUGACUCCCCACCGUCCCAUCCCGCAAAUCGUCUUCUACCAGAAUGGCAUCGGCACGGGCUCCAACUCACUAUACGACAAGUACGUUGGCGGUGCUACCGGAGAAGGUCUCGCCGGUCAUAUUCGUGAAGCCUACAGUUUCAUUUGUCUGAACUACAAUCCAGGCGAUGAGAUCUUUUUGAUCGGAUUCUCCCGAGGAGCAUUCACAGCCCGUUCGAUUUCCAGCCUGAUCAAUGCUGCGGGCUUGUUGACAGCAAAGGGCCUCGAAUACUUCGUCCAGGUCUUUGAGGACUGGGAGUUUCAACUGAAGAAGGACUUCAAGACCAAAUGGCCAAACUUACCCUUUGUUGGGCACAAGCCCCCUGUCACAGAUCCGCAUUACCAGCAGCAACUGAUCGAGAAAGAACUUACAAGGCCGAAUAUCAAAAUCAAAUGCGUUGCUGUUUGGGAUACGGUUGGUGGAUUGGGCAUUCCCAUGAUCGGUCUCCUCCCACAGCCACCGAGCAAGGAUUUUGCUUUCGUGGACACUCGCGUCGAAUCCAACAUCGAGUAUGCAUUUCAGGCGCUGGCGCUCGAUGAACAUCGACGUUCAUUCUCGCCGACAGUCUGGGACUGGCCACGCGUGGAGCCGAAUGAUCUGAAAGUCCUCAAACAAACCUGGUUCCCCGGAGUCCACAGUGAUAUUGGAGGUAGUUACGACGAUACCGCCCUAGCAAACCUGACACUCGCCUGGAUGGUAUCCCUCCUCGAUCCAAUCCUCACGAUCAACCAGGGUUACAUCAUGGACCUGAUCAAGCCCCAAGAAACUCUCAGCCAAGGCCACCAAACAUUCACCCGUGACGGCCGCAUGCGAACAAGUACCAACACGCAACCCCACCUUCGCCCCUGGGGCCUGGGGAAAAUCCACAACAGCAUGACCUUCUUCUUCAAGCUGGGUGGUUCGCGCAUCCGUACGCCAGGGGAAUAUCGGGAGGAAGAACUCGCCUCGCAACACGGCACUCUGCUCUGGAUCCUGUGGAAGCUCUCACACCGCGUGACCCGCCUCUUUGGACACCAAGGCUACAUCCUCCCACGCCUUGCACGGACCAACGAGACCAUUCAUUCGAGCGUUCGUAUCCGCAUGGGUAAAGACGGCCUGGGCUACAACGACAAAGGCAAGUACGACUCCCAAGCUCUGCAAGGCUGGGUAAUGCACGGCAUGGAGACGAACCCGGACACUCCCAUCGCCUUAGGCGCACCCGGUCCCGUGGGCAAAAUGAAGAAUGUCGUGUGGAAGAAAGCCAUAUACCCCGAAAAGCUCAUCGGCGGGAAAGUGAAGAUCGUCCAGACAAAAGGCAAAACCGAAACUAUCCAGCUCGAGGAGGAGCCCCUGGGUGUCUUUGAGCGCCAGAUCCUCCAGCUCUGGCCUGAGAUUCAACGUGACUUUGACACAAUUGUCCCAGGCCGCCAUGAUCAGCAGGUCAAUAAAGCGAGCACAUAUCCCCUAGGUGGAUAUGUGGAUGAGCCUGCGGAUACGAAUGGGAAUGGGUUGAAACUCGAUACUGGCAAGAGGAGGAGUGAGACGGCCUAA